AUGUACGGUCAGGUCCAGCACGAGGUCGCUGCCUGCACCGUCUGCGAUCGGGUCAAGGCGACGUUCGACGUCAAGGACCCUGAGCUCAAGCCCCUGCCUAUUAUGGGCAUGUUCUACCGAUGGGGCGUAGACGUGUGCAAGAUGCCACGGAAGUCCGACGACGGCAACAGAUAUGUCGUCGUGAUGGUCGAGCACUUUACGAAAUGGAUUGAGCUCCGUGCGAUUCCGGCCAAGAAGGCCAAGCACGUCGCAGCCGCCUUUCGGGAUGUUCUGACCCGAUUUGGAGCGCCCGCCGAGGUCGUGACCGACCAGGGCCGAGAGUUUGAGGGCGAGUUCGAUGAGCUCAUGAUUGCCCUCAGCCACGGAGCCACGUGCUCAAGAGGCGCAAGAGGGACGCAGAGCGCCGCCGCGGAGGGCGUUGCUGGCGCUGGAGGGUCUUCCCUGGCGGCACCAUCGCGUGUUGCGGCUUUGCAGGCGGCCGCUCAUGGCCGCACAACUCAGAAAGAGCAGACGCGUCUGAAGCAGCAGCACCCUCUUGUGAACCCCCCCCCACGUGUCCACGUGGCUCUGUCAUGGAGCAAACCAGCGUCCUCCUGGAGGAGGAAGCAGCCAACACUGUUCAGCCAUGAUGGCUACGCAAAGGACUACGUCGGCAAGCUCAACCGCGUCAAGACCUUCAUCACCAACGGCGAUGGGACGGUCGUCAAGUUGUGGAAGACCCACACGCACGCCAACGCCACCUCCAUCGUCACUCGGACUGGUUUGCACAGCAGACCGAGUAUAGAGGGACGCUAA